GAACACCAUUAUUCGGGCUUUUGUGCACAUAUUCAGAUACCUAGAUAGUGUGAUAAAUUCUUGAUCUUUUAGGCAAGAUGGGCAACGACGAAAUAGGUGCUAGGCGGAGUGCGACUGCCGUCGCAACGGCUCGCGUCGAUCAAGUAUCGUCUCACAUAUCAGCAUCAGCGCCCGGAUCAAACACAUCAAAUCCAGAUGGGAAGCGAAGAAGGAAAGCCAAAGCCAACGACUUGCCAGCAGACUACAGCGAUAUCCGAGGUCACAUUGAAAAAUUACGAUCGAUAGCCAAUACACCCGACCUCUCCCGGACAGGUUAUAUACGACAAAAACAAGCCGGCAAGCUCUGGGUACGCGAACGCAUCGCCAAACUCCUCGACCCGGGCAGUUUCCAGGAGAUCGGCAGCACCACAGGGACCGUCGGCUGGAAGCAACUUCCGACUUCGACACCAGGAUCCAACGAGGAGCGCGAGGAGCCGGAAUCCUUCCUCCCACAUAAUAAUGUGCAAGGUUACGGCAAGCUCAAUGGUCGUCGGAUCCUCUUCACCGCGGACGACUUUUCCAUUCGUGCGGGACAUCAGGACGGCCAUCUCAUGGCGAAGACGCUCUAUACCGAAAAGCUCGCAUUGCAAUUGAGACUGCCUAUGAUUAAACUUACCGAUGGCUCCUCCGGCGGUGGAUCGGUCACUUCGAUUGAGAAAUGGGGCUACUCAUAUGUUCCGCCCUUGACCGGCUUCGAUGUCGUCGCGAAGCAGCUCAACAUGGGAAUUCCGAAUCUCGGUGCCGUCGUGGGCCCGGCCAUUGGUCUCGGCGCAGCACGGGUGGUCUCAUGUCAUUUCUCCGUUAUGGCCGCAGACGUCGGCGCCUUGAUCAACGCCGGACCUUCCGUCGUGGCGGGCGCCACCUUCGAGGAAGGGCUCUCGCUCACAGAUCUCGGUGGACCGGGAAUGCACUGCACAAACGGCACGAUCGACAACCUCGCUGCGACCGAGGAGGACUGUUUCGCGCAGAUCCGCACCGUCCUAGCAUACCUGCCAAAUUCAGGCAUGUUGGUCCCGCCGGUCGUGGAUUCUUCAGAUCCCAUGACCAGAGACGCCCCGGAGCUCCGAUCCAUCGUCCCGCGAAAACGCGAACGCACAUACGAUGCGCGCAAAAUCAUCACCACCGUCGUCGACACCUCCUCCUUCUUCGAGAUCGGCGCCCUCUGGGGCCGCACCGCGAUAGUCGGCCUCGCGCGCCUCGGCGGCCGACCGAUAGGAAUCAUCGCCAACAACGCCGAAGUCGCGUCCGGCGCGCUCGAUGCCGCAGGCGCACAGAAACUCACACGGCAUUUGAAGUUCUGCGACAUUUUCAACCUACCGAUUCUGCAAUUCGUCGAUGUCCCAGGGUAUGCGGUCGGGACGGUCGCGGAGCGUACGGCGACGAUGCGCUGGGGCGUGGAGUUGACCAAGACGUACUACACCACGACGGUGCCGAUCUUCAGCGUCAUUGUAAGGAAAUGCUAUGGCGUGGCGGGCGGGAUGAUGGUGGAUUCGCGCGACCCGCAUAUGCGCGUGGGCUGGCCGAGCGGAGAGUGGGGAUCUCUGCCGCUGGAUGGUGGAAUUGAGGUCGGUCAUUCGGCGGAGUUGAGGAAGAUUGAGAAGGAAAAGGGACUGGAGGCGAGGAAGGAGAGGUAUAGGGAAUUGGACGCUAUGUAUCGGCGACUGAUGAACCCUGUGAGAACGGCGAAUCAUUUUGGCAUCGAGGAGAUUAUUGAUCCCGCGAAGACGAGGGGUUUGGUGGCCGAGUGGUGUCGGAUCGUGUAUGAGGCGGAACUACCGGAGAGAGUGGCGCACAGAUUGUCAGGGAAGCUUCAGCCAGUCUUUGCAUGAGGAAGGUAUAUGUGAAGCGUGUUCAAAAUCGUUGCAGUGCCACUGAGGCUUCGAGACCUAUUAUUCUUUUCUGGACAACUCUAGUAUUGAUAUCUAAAAUUC